AUGGCAUUCAUGAUUGGGUUGAAGCCUAAGGUUCGGAAAGGGGUGAAGAUGUUUGAACCGAGAACCCUGAAAAAAAUGAUGAGCCUAUCAAGGAUGGUGGAGGAUUGGGACGGUGAAGAAGGAUCUCCGUCGUCGUUGGGGUGGGAAAGUACAAGCAAAGAGACGACACGAGCCACAUGGGACAGAUUCUCGACAUGUGGGUCCCAACUUGUGGGGUCGGGGUCAGUUGUGUCUAGUAAUAAAACUUUGGCUGCUUCUGAGACGAAAACAACGCAGUAUCGUGCUGCGAGUGAGAAAAACCUAAAUCCUCAGACUAAGACUCCCGCAAAUCGCCGACAACCCUUCAGACAGCUAACCGAUGCAGAGGCAAAUGAACGUCGAUCUAAGGGGUUGUGCUUCCGAUGCGAUGAACGUUACCACGCGGGCCAUCGAUGUCGCCUUAAGGAGUUGCAAGUACUGGUGGUUGCUCCCGAUGAAGAGGAGGAAACCGAGAUGGAGAAAGACGGAGAGUGUGUGGAGGAAGAGGUGGUAGUUCCGAAGUUCGCGACGUUCUCGAUGCGAUUUGCGGCGGGUAUCUCUUCACCUCGAACCAUCAAGAUAAGAGGUACGGUGUUAGGGGAGAAUGUCGUGGUAAUGAUUGACAGUAGGGCAACUCACAACUUCUUGUCGCGUUCCAUGGCUCACCGGUUUGGAAUCACUACGAAGGGAACGGUUAGUUAUAGGGUGCGUAUGGGAACUGGGUUGCUGGUGAACUGGAAGGAACAAAGGUUGGGUUUCAUGGUCGGCCAGGAGUGGGUGACGUUCCGUGGUGACCACAACUUGAGGAACUCGGCUGUCUCACUCAAGGCCCUGUGGAAAGCAGUAAGAGAGGAAGGUGAAGGCGUGUGGGUGGACUAUGGGAGCUUACACACGGAGUUGCAAAAGGGAGAAACGGUUACACCAGCUGAACUCCAAUCCUUGCUGGAGGACUUUGCUCAGAUAUUUGCUGAACCCCAAGGGUUACCUCCAUCCCGAGAGAAGGAACACACCAUCAUUUUGAAACCGGGAGCGGAACCAGUCAGUGUAAGGCUGUUCAGGUACCCUGAGGCACAAAAAGAAGAGAUAGAGAGACAGAUCGCUGUCAUGUUGGCCGCGGGAAUUAUCAGAGAAAGUGGAAGCCCUUUCUCCAGUCCUGUCUUGUUGGUGAAGAAGAAAUACGGUAGCUGGAGGUUCUAUGUGGACUAUCAUGCCUUGAAUAAAGCCACAGUUCUGGACAGCUACCCUAUCUCGAUGAUCGACCAGCUCCUAGAUGAACUCCACGGUGCAAGGGUGUUCUCGAAGUUGGACCUUCGCUCUGGUUAUCAUCAGAUCAGGGUGAGAUCAGAGGACAUACCAAAGACCGCAUUCCGAUCACAUGAUGGACAUGUCGAGUUUUUCGUAAUGCCAUUUGGGCUGACAAACGCUCCCGCCACUUUUCAGUCAUUGAUGAACGAUAUCUUCCGUCCAUUCAUGCGAUGGUUUGUGCUCGUGUUUUUUGAUGACAUUCUUUUCUACAUCAAAUCCCUUGUGGAACAUAAAGAACAUCUCAAGGAAGUCCUCCAAAUGCUACACAAGUACAGCUUAUAUGCAAACCACAAGAAGUGUCAGUUUGGAAGUGAUCAAAUCGAGUAA